AUGGUAUUAAUACUUACUGAAGCUGAUGUUGAACUGUUAGCCAACAAGACUGAUUGGUUGGUGGGCAUUGAUGUGAAUGAAGCUGUGUUUAGGGAGGAGUCACUGCAACAUACAUUAUGCCCACAGCGUCAGAUCAUCGAUACGAUGAAUGAAGCUGCCACAGAGAAGACUAUGACAACUUACUUCAAGUACGCCUCGGUCAAGGGUCUGGGCAUCGGCACCAAGGUCGUCAGUGUGGUGCCCGGUAACGCGCGUCUCAACAAGCCCACCGUACCCGCCACCGUACUGCUGAUCGACCCAGUGGACGGAUCAUCUCUGGCCCUAAUCGGUGGCACCUACCUCACUGGAUACCGCACGGCAGCCGGCAGUGCUGUGGCCGCUCGCUACCUGGCACCUAAAGACAGCUCUGUGCUCUCUGUGUUUGGCGCGGGUCUCCAGGCCCGAUGCCACAUCGAGGCCUUGCUGGCCGUCAUGAAGGGCAUCACCGUGAUCAACAUACACAACAGGACUGUGGCCACUGCCGUUGCAUUGGUGGACUCCCUCAGGUUAAAGUAUAGCAACGUUCGAUUCGUUGUUGUGUCCGCGGAGGAGGCCGUGUCCUCAAUUGUCAGCGAGUCGGACAUCAUCGUUGCCGCUACCAACUCAUCGAAACCUCUCUUUGAUGGUCGAUGGGUCAAGCCAAACUCAAUGGUCAUUGCCGUGGGCAGCAGUAGACCAGACUCACGCGAGCUUGACAGCGCAACUGUAUGUUCAUCGACGGCCACCAUCAUUGUGGAUGACCCUGGCUCAUGUCUUGUGUCGGGCGACAUCCACUCGCCACUCCAAGAAGGUGUCAUCACGCAGGGUGACCUCGUGCGACUGAGCAGCGUCGUUGCAGCCAAAGGACUGCCUGCUGGCACUACCAAGAAGUCCAUCAUUGUGUACAAAUCUGCUGGUACCGCCAUCCAAGACAUCGGUACUGGUAAGAUGUUCUAUGAUCUGGCAAUAAAGUCCAAUACGGGCGUCAAGGUUGACCUUUGA